CUCAGUGCCGGCAGUGCAGUAUUAAGCGUCGUGCAGUGAACUCGUUCAGAAAUUAUUUUCGGUUAUCAAUUAAUUUCGACGUUUGCCUCUAAUAAACCGGGUGUAAUUUCAACAGUUGUGAAUUAUUUGUGUUAUGAUUUGCUCUUUCCGUUCAUAAACCACCUUAUAAGUUACAACCACAACAGCCACCUGCAAUACGUCUUCGAUCGUGUCGUGUUUUUACAGACCAGCCACGGGCCGUCGCCAGUCGCCACCGUCACCGAUACCAACGCGGCGGAGACGACGCCCGCAUGUCCGACUAGAUUUAGACUUAAGACAUCCUAGUACCGACUUAUUACACAAUUAGCAAUGGAAAACACGAAGCAAAUUCCGGAACCCGGUAAAUGUGAACCUGCUAUAUACGAGUAUGAGAAAUCGUCUUUUUCGGAGAUAUAUGAAGUAUUACAAUCCUUACGAGAAGAUGAAGUUUUUUGUGAUAUUAAACUAGAAACAGAUGAUGGUGGAAGUAUAUUCUGUCAUAAAGUGGUUUUGGCAUCGGCUAGUCCAUAUUUCCACGCAAUUUUCACAAACUUUUCCGAAAAGAAUCAAGAUGUUAUCGUUAUCAGAGAGUCGGAUUCUAGUGCCUUACGUCUCUUAAUCGAUUUUAUUUACUCUGGAAAAAUCAUAAUCACUGAAUGUAAUGUACAGGUUUUGUUAACGACAGCAAAUCUUUUGCAGUUAGGAGAAGUAAAAGAGGCAUGUUGUGAUUUUCUUCAGGGACAACUAUGUCCUACAAAUGUUAUUGGAAUAAUUGCGUUAGCUGAUUUACAUAGCUGUACGAAUUUGUUAACAAGUUCAGAAAUGUAUAUUCGACUUCACUUUUCGGAUGUGAUAGAAGGAGAAGAAUUCCUAUCCUUGUCAUCGGCACAAAUGGUCAAGUUAAUCUCCAAUGAUGAACUUACAGUUCCAUCUGAAGAAAAAAUAUUUGAAAGUGUUAUUCGAUGGGUAAAACAUGAUUUGGGUUCCAGAAAACAAAUUUUGCCCCAACUAAUGGAACAUGUGCGUUUACCAUUAACAUCAAAAUAUUACAUUUUUAAAAAAGUAGUCGAGGAACCUCUUAUCAAUAACUGUCUUAAAUGUAAAGAUUACGUAAUUGAAGCAUUACAUUUUCAUUUAUUCAAGUCAGAUGAGCUUAUGACCAUUCCAAAAAACAUCCGGACAAAACCUAGACAGCCUGGUGGUACACAUAAAGUUAUUUUAGUUGUUGGUGGAUUUGGGAUCGGUAAUGAAGAAUUAGAUAGUACAGAAUGGUACGACCCAAAACUCAAACGAUGGCAGUUCGGACCAAAAUUAAUUACACCACGUUUCGGUGGUGGUCUAGCUGUAGUAAAAGAUAAUAAUAUUGUGCUUUAUAUUGGUGGUGCCAAUUCCCGAUUAACUUUUCAGUCUGUCGAUGUACUAGAUUUAUCUUCAGAAAUACCUUGUUGGAAACCAACCGUUGACAUGUUAGUUAAACGACGAAAAUUAGGAGUUGCUGUGAUAAAUAAUUAUGUAUAUGCCGUUGGCGGUUAUGAUGGUGAAAGUUUAUUGAAUAGUGCAGAAGUUUUAGACUGCAGAACUCAAAAAUGGCGUUUGAUAUCUGAUAUGUAUACUAGAAGAAGUGGUGUUGGGCUUGGAGUACUGAAUAAUCUUUUAUAUGCGGUUGGAGGUUUUGACGGUAUAUCAGAGCAGAGAUUAAAAUCAGUGGAAUGUUAUCAUCCCAGUCUUGACAAAUGGACGCCAAGCGCAGAAAUGUUUGUAGGUCGCAGUGCUUUGGGUGUUGGUGUUUUAGAUGGAGUACUGUAUGCUGUAGGCGGUCAUGAUGGAUUUAAUGUGCACAGGAGUGUUGAAGCAUACAGGCCAAGUACAGGAGUUUGGACAACUAUUGCAGACAUGCAUUUGUGUCGACGCGAAGCAGGAGUAGCAGUAUUAGAUGGAUUAUUGUAUGUCGUAGGUGGUAGCGACGGAAUUUCUGUUCUGGAUUCUGUAGAAUAUUACAACCCCAACACCAAUACAUGGGCCAUGGUCACAGCGUCAAUGAAUAUUCCACGAGCUUAUCCAGGAUUAAUAGCCAUUGAAAGUCCACGACAUUUUAAAACUUGUUGGUAUUCAAGUCAUCCAAGUACCAGAGUUCGCGUAACAUUGACAAUGCAAAAUACAAAGCAAAUACCAGAACCCAUUAUACACGGACCAGCAAAAUACGAGUAUAAGAAAUCGUGUUAUGCGGACAUAUUUCAAGUCCUACAAUCAUUCCGCAAAGAUGAGGUUCUCUGUGAUAUUAAACUAGAAACAGAUGAUGGUGAAAGUAUAUUCGGUCAUAAAGUGGUUUUGGCAUCGGCUAGUCCAUACUUCCAUGCAAUGUUCACAAAUUUUAAAGAAAAUAAUCAAGAUAUUGUUGUUAUCAAAAAUUUAGAUUCUACCGCAUUACAGCUCUUAGUAGACUUUAUAUACUCAGGGCAGGUUACAGUCACUGACAAAAAUGUACAGGUUUUGUUACCAGCAGCGAACGUUUUGCAGUUACAAGACGUAAAAGAGGUGUGCUUUGAAUUUUUAGAGGCACAACUAUGUCUUACAAAUUGUAUUGAUAUAUUUGCUUUAGCUGAUUUACAUAGCUGUACAAAAUUGUUAUCAAGUUCAGAAUUAUAUAUUCAACAACACUUUUCAGACGUGGUAGAAGGAGAUAAAUUCCUGUCCUUAUCAUCUAAACAAAUUACCAAGUUGAUCGCCAGCGAGGAACUUAAAGUUUCAUCCGAAGAAAAAGUAUUUGAAAGUGUAAUUCGAUGGGUAAAACAUGAUUUGGAUUCUAGAAAACAAAUUUUGCCCCAAUUAAUGGCACAUGUACGUCUAUCAUUAACAUCGAAAGAUUAUUUACUAAAACACGUAGUUACGGAACCUCUACUUAAUAAUUGUCCUAAAUGUAAAGAUUACAUAAUUGAAGCAUUACAUUUGUAUUUACUUAAGUCAGAUGAGAUUACCACCAUGCCACAUAACAUCCGGACAAAACCUAGACAGUCUGGUGGUUCUCAUAAAAUUUAAUUAUAACAGGUUAUUUUAGUGGUUGGUGGAAAAGGGAAUGAAGGAGUGAAUAAACCUAACCUAAUCUUUGAUAGUACAGAAUGGUAUGACCCAAAAAUCAACCGAUGGCAGUCUGGACCAAAAAUGAUUUCACCACGUUACGGAGGUGGUUUAGCUGUAGUAAAAGACAAUUUUGUGUUAUAUAUGGGUGCUCAUACUUAUCAAUUUAGUGAAUCUGCCCAUGUGCUAGAUUUAUCUUUAGAGUCGCCUAAUUGGAAACCAACCACUAACAUGCUAGUUAAACGAGAACAUUUAGGAGUUGGUGUGAUAGAUAAUUAUAUUUAUGCCGUUGGCGGUUUUGAUAUUUAUAGAUUUCCUUUAAAAAGUGCAGAAGUUUUUGACUGCAGAACUCAAAAAUGGCGUACGGUAUCUAGUAUGUCUACUAGAAGAAGUUGUGUUGGCGUGGGAGUUCUAAAUAAUCUUUUAUAUGCGGUAGGAGGUUUUGAUGGCGAUCAGUGUUUAAACUCUGUUGAAUGCUAUGAUCCCGGGCUUGAUAAAUGGACAUCGGUCUCAGAAAUGUGUGUACGUCGUAAUAAUGCUGGCGUUGGAGUAUUAGAUGGUGUACUGUAUUCUGUGGGUGGCCAAAAUGCAUCAAAUAUUUACAAGAGUGUCGAAGCAUACAGACCAAGUACAGGAGUUUGGUCUAGUAUUCCGGACAUGCAUUUGAGACGUAGUGGUGCAGGAGUAGCGGUAUUAGAUGGUUUAUUGUAUGUCGUCGGUGGUUUCGACGGAGCUUCUUAUUUGGAUUCUUCAGAAUCUUACAACCCUAACACUAAUAAAUGGACCAUGAUCACAGCGUCAAUGAAUUUUUCAAGGACCUAUGCAGGAGUUGUAGUCGUUGAAAGGCCACGAUAUUUAAAAAAAUGGUAUCAAUCGUGUUUUUUAUUUUUGAUUGAAUACAUCGAUAUAUAUUCAAUAUACUCAAUCGUCUCAUAUUGUAUAAUAGUAUCAUUAUUCUUUUUCUAUUUAUUUUCUAGUUUGUGAUUGUUUUAAUAAAGGGGUUUUUGUAACUACACUAUAAAUUUAAGAUUAAUGAUAUACAUAUCUAUAAAUAUCAUAGCAUUCGAUAGUGUUUUUUUUUCUUUUUUACCACUAUUGUCCUAAUUUGUAUGAUAAUAUAUUUAUUGUUUCUAUUC